AUGGGCGGCUCUGCGGAAAGUGAAUUUCCACUGCUCUCGGCCCUGGGUUUGUACGCUGCCGACAUUAGAGGUGACGGCAAUUGCUUGUUCAACGCCCUCUCCGACCAGCUGUACGGCCACCAAAAUGAGCACGCGAACAUUCGAUUGAAGGUCAUAAGCUACAUGCGUGAACAUGCCGACUACUACAAGCAAUUCAUCGACGUCAACCCGGGCGGUGGCAUUCGCCGCAACCCCAAGCGGAAAAAUGUCCACGUCGCCUCGUCCGCCAAUUUCGUCCCGCCAUCGCGCUCCGACAUCGACCGCGUCUUCGACAGCCAUCUGCAGAGCAUGGCAAGAGGUGGCACGUAUGGAGAUAACAUGGAAAUCACUGCCUUCGCCUCGGCCUUUGAUUGUGAUGUGAAAAUCUACCAGCGAGACUUUGCCUACGUCGUCUCCAGUGGUGAGGAUGGAGACCGGCCGGUGGCCCACAUUGCAUAUCACAUCUGGGAGCACUACUCGUCCAUCAGAAAUCUCGAUGGCCCGCACUCGGGAUUGCCGGAAGUGGCUMCCAAGUUGCUCUCCCAACAAGAAGAGCAAACACAAAAGGACAAGCUUGCACAGGCUCCGCACGUGCUCCCGUGGCAGAUCGACGUCGUUUCCAAGUCGCUUCCGUUCCUGGCAGACAAGCCGACCAUCAAGCGGGCUCUUGAGCUGACAAAGGGCGACAUCAAUGCUGCCGUGUCAAACCUGCUGGAUGCUGAUGAGAACGGAAGCAAUUCGUCCUAUCAAGAAAGCUCCUCCGUCGAACGUGAUCACGAAAGCGACGAAGACAUGCACGACGCUCCCAAUAAGAAGCAAGAUAGACGCUUGAGUAGAGCAUCAAGAGCGCCAAAGCAACGCUCUACUGACACCAAGCACGCUCUCUCCAACCUCGUUGCCCACGACGGGAGUCAAGAGACAUUUGCCAGUUGGGAGUCCGAGUCAUCUCUCAGCAGUGCUGCCGAGUCUUCACAGAACAGUGCCACACCUUACUCAACGCAGACAUCAUUUGACGACUCGAAUAUUGUCGUAAAGCAGGAGGCAGGCAAGGCGGCAUCCUCUUCGGACGCACCUGCCCGGCCUGCCAUCCGCCUAAAGCUUCUCCCACCGCGUCCACCAGACGCAUCUCAGCAGCGGAACAGUAAGACGCAACAGCGUCAGACUGGCCCUCGUACCGCCCGCGACCGCAAAGACAUGAAGAAGCAGGCGCAGAAAGCCGCUCGGAAAGAACGACAACAGGCCGCCUCUCAAGGCGUUGCUGAAGGUCAAAGCCCGUCGCAAGUCAAGUUGUCAUUGCGAGCCAAAGGCGCGGUCGAGAAGCCGCCAGUUGACACACUGCGGACACUCUACAUCUGA